GAGCACGCGCCUACCAUGGCCUUCUUGCUCUCCAAGCAAAGAAAACCCCUAAAUCAAAUUUAAAGUUUAGGGUUUUUGUUUCUAACGCAUCAUCCCAUUCCCACCGCUUCUCUCCACUCCGUCGAUCGAUCAACCAACUUUUUAAACCGAUAGAAAUGGCGGCCGGCGGCGGGCAGGCGGCGGCGUCGUUCCUGACGAACGUGGCCCGGACGGCAAUCGGCCUCGGCGUCGGCGCGAGCCUCCUGAACUCGUCCCUCUACACCGUCGACGGCGGCCAGCGUGCCGUCCUCUUCGACCGGUUCCGCGGCGUCCUCGACGAUACCGUCGGCGAGGGCACCCACUUCCUGAUCCCCUGGCUCCAGAAACCCUACAUCUUCGACAUCCGCACCCGCCCCCACACCUUCACCUCCCACUCCGGCACCAAAGAUCUCCAGAUGGUCAACCUCACCCUCCGCGUCCUCUCGCGCCCCGACGUCUACCGCCUCCCCACCAUCUUCACCUCCCUCGGCAUCGAGUACGACGAGAAGGUCCUCCCCUCCAUCGGCAACGAGGUCCUUAAGGCCGUCGUCGCCCAGUUCAACGCCGACCAGCUCCUCACCGAGCGGCCCCACGUCUCCGCCCUCGUACGCGACUCCCUCAUCCGCCGCGCCCGCGACUUCAACAUCGUCCUCGACGACGUCGCCAUAACCCACCUCUCCUACGGCGCGGAGUUCUCCCAGGCCGUCGAGAAGAAGCAGGUCGCCCAGCAGGAGGCCGAGCGGUCCAAGUUCCUCGUCGCCCGGGCCGAGCAGGAGCGCCGGGCUGCCGUCAUCCGUGCCGAGGGAGAGAGUGAAGCCGCCAAGCUCAUAUCGGAUGCUACUGCUGCUGUCGGCACCGGGAUCCUCGAGCUCAGGAGGAUCGAGGCUGCGAGGGAGAUCGCCGCUACCCUGUCCAGGUCGCCCAAUGUCGUCUACCUUCCGGGAGCGAACAACAUGCUGCUUGGCCUCAAUCCCACCAGCAUGGCGCAGGGCCGUUGAUUCACUCGUUUGUCUUUGGAUACAAUGCCCUCUUGUGCUUGCUUCUGGUUUACUACUACCAUUACUGCUACUUUUCUGUGAAAUUAAUAACUCAUGGAUGUUGAUCCUCAAGGUGCCUGAGACUCCUGGAAAUGUGAGAAUUUUUUGGUUAAAUUUUGAUGGUCAUGAUAGUGUUUGAUCACUGAAUUGGAUCAUGUUUGUUUCAUUUGGACUGUGAGAUUUGAUCAAAUUUGAAGGUUUCUGGCAUAUACGUUCUCCUGGAUUGGCUAUGAUAUAUAUCAUUUGCAGGAUUGUCAU